UGUACCGGGAGACUGUAUCCAGCUCUGGUGUCCACCCCUCACACAGGAAGUUGGCAAGUUGGAAGGAGCAACCAGAGGAAGUCAAGGUCUGGAGCCCCAGCCUGGCGGGAAGAGCUCCAAGGGGAUUGAUCUCCUGAGGUGAUCGGAGGCAAAGAGGGCACUCAGCCCCCAUCUGUAGGAACCUCAGUGGGGAGGGGGUUUCUGAGUGCAGGGGGCUCUUCGACCUCGCUGGCUAAAGCAGGACGAGACCAGGUGGCCGGGAGUAGGGUGACCAGAUGUCCCGAUUUUAUAGGGACAGUCCCGAUUUUUGGGUCUUUUUCUUAUCUAGGCUCCUAUUACCCCGCACCCCCUGUCCCAAUUUUUCACACUUGCUGUCUGGUCACCCUAGCCGGGAGCUUGAAUCAGCAACAAUCCAGUUGGAGCUAAGGUGCAAAUCAAAUCAAAUCGAGCAGCCUGGGAAUCUAGGUGCAGAAAAGCCCAAGGGCGUUUCUCACACUUAUAGCAAGGGUGGGGAGCAGCGUUAGCCACAUCCGCAGCCAGGUUGACUGGGCACCAGAGGAGGGAGGAAACCCCUCCCCCCUGAUGUGGGCAUGGCUGUGACUUCUCCCAGGGGCAUUUCCACCCCUGGUCCAUCCAGGUGGGGGUUUCCAGGAAACCAGGUACUGCCUUUGUGGUUACCAGACCCUGCCCUCCCCUCCCAGGUCCAUAUAACCUCCAGGGCUGAGACAGAGGCUCUGUGUCUGUCCCUAGAUGGCUCUGAGGAUGCAGCUCUUGAUCCUGGUCCUGUUCUCUGUGGCCUUUCUCCUGCCCCCCGGGGCUCAGGCUGGGGAGAUCAUUGGGGGAUGGGAAGCCCGGCCCCACUCCAGACCCUACAUGGCCUACGUGAAGAUAGCAACGUGGAGAGGGGUGAAAACGUGUGGGGGGUUCCUGAUUCGGGAUGACGUGGUGCUGACGGCGGCUCAUUGUAAUGACGAGCAGGGCAAAGGCAUCGUGGUGCUGGGGGCCCACAACAUUCGGAAGAAAGAACCAAGAGAACCAAGGAGUCAGAAAAUUAGAGUGAGGCGCUGGAUCCGCCACCCCAAAUAUAACAAAAUGACCCAAAACAAUGACAUCAUGCUGCUGCAGCUGAGAAAGAGGGCUGAACUCAAUGACUGGGUGCAGCCCAUCCCUCUGCCCCACCCCUGGCCGGAGGUACCUGUGGGCACCAGGUGCAACAUGUCUGGGUGGGGCUGGAUGCAAGUUAAUCCCGCUAAGAGCUCGGACGUGCUGCAGGAUGUGGUUCUGGAGGUGAUGGCCGACGAGGUGUGUGAACGCAAUUUGACCAAACCAUAUGAUGCUAAGUCCAUGCUCUGUGCGGGGGAUCCCAGAGGCAAGAAAGCCACCCUGAAGGGUGAUUCAGGGGGCCCCCUGGUUUGCGAUGGGGUGCCCCAGGGCAUCGUCUCAUGGGGGCCGAGCAACGGGGCCUCUCCUGAAGUGUAUGCAAGAGUCUCCCGGUUCGUCCGCUGGAUACGGACAGUGAUGAAACAGCUGACGCCCCCGGAUGCUCCUGGAAUCUCGUCUCGAACCUGA